AAAGCUCCAGCAGUCGCCAUGGCAUCACCAGCGGCACACAAGCCGCGCAGACGGAGGAAGAUCGAAGAGGGCUCUCUCGCCCAUGUUAAUCACGGGACACUCGAUUUCGACGAAAACACCAAUGCACGGAAGCCUGCGUUCCCGCUCGUUGCUUUCCUUUGGCCAGCCAAGGGUACUGUGUCGCUAUGGGUGACAAUACCUCUAAUCUUGAUGGCCGUUGGCCUCUUUCGAUGGACCGUCGGUCUAUGGGGCUAUUCUGGCUACCAAUCGCCUCCUAUGCACGGAGACUUUGAGGCUCAACGGCACUGGAUGGAGAUCACCAAGCAUCUCCCCGUGUCGCAAUGGUAUUUCUACGAUUUGCAGUGGUGGGGCCUGGACUAUCCACCCCUCACGGCCUACCACAGCUGGGUCUUAGGCGUCAUUGGCUCCGCCAUCAAUCCAGAAUGGUUCGCCCUCGACAGGUCGCGUGCACUUGACGAUCCCAACUUGAAGAUAUAUAUGCGAGCGACCGUCUUCGUCUCCGAAUACCUUGCCUACGUACCGGCACUCGUUGUCUUCCUCCGUCGGUACACGAAGUCAGAAGGCGUCAAUGUGUGGGAGGGCUCGAUCGCGCUGGUCGCGAUACUCCUCCAGCCAGGCACCAUCCUCAUCGACCAUGGGCAUUUCCAGUACAACACCGUCAUGCUCGGUUUUACCGUUGCAACAAUGUCGAGCAUGAUUGCUGGCCGGCCACUGUGGGGCUGCGUCUUCUUCGUAGCCGCACUCGGAUUCAAGCAGAUGGCUCUCUUCUACGCCCCUGCCGUCUUCGCAUACCUGUUAGGGAUCUGCGUUUUCCCCAGAAUCAACAUGGUGCGAUUCUUCUCGAUCGCACUUGUAACGCUUGCGGCUUUCGCAGUGCUGUAUCUGCCUUUCUUGGUGGGCGUGGCCUACGACAUCUACAGAGGCAUCUCAGACAAGGGGCUCCCAGUACCUCCACUCAUGGACUCAUUGCCAAUCCGAUGGGAUACUAACGCCUGGUACUACUCUGUUGUUCUGCAAAUGUCGCAGUCAAUCCAUCGGAUCUUCCCUUUCUCCCGGGGCCUGUUUGAGGACAAGGUUGCUAACAUUUGGUGCACUAUCCAUACCUUUCACAAGUUGUACCGCUACCCACAGCAACUUCUUCAGCGUGCAGCUCUGUUGGCUACUUCCGCCGCCAUCUUACCGCCGUGCCUGAUCAUAUUUUUCAAGCCGAAGAAGGAGCUCCUGCCUCUUACUUUUGCAGCAGUAUCUUGGGGGUUCUUCCUGUGCUCGUACCAGGUGCAUGAGAAGAACGUGCUUCUCCCAUUGCUGCCGAUGACCCUUUUGCUAGGUGGACAAGAAGGUUUGCUACCAUCGACUCGCGCCUGGGUCGGACUUGCCAACAUGUUGGGCAUCUGGACAAUGUUUCCUCUCUUGAAGCGGGAUGAGCUUCGAGUCCCGUACUUUGUCAUCACACUCCUCUGGGCCUACUUGCUGGGCCUUCCGCCAACCUCCUUCGCCGCGUACCACGAGGGCAGUCAGAAUGGUCUCAACUUGCUUAGCAAAAUCAUCCAUCUUAACAUAUAUCUGGCUAUGGUGGGCUGGCACAUUGCUGAGGCUUUCUAUCCUCCACCAGCCGACAAGCCAGAUCUGUGGGUGGUUGCAAAUGCCAUCGUUGGCACAGGUGGAUUUGGCAUCUGCUACCUCUGGUGUCUGUGGCGACUGGUUACCAAGAGCGAGAUUCUUGGACAAGCGAAGAGCAAGACGCAGUAGUCUGCCUCGGUCUCAUUGCAUUCUUUCGAAAGAUACCCCGGC